AUGUUGACAGAGUAUAGUAAUGAAUUAUCACAACAACGUGCUGGUGGUAUGGAAAAUUCUCAGUCAAGUUCGGGAACAUGUGGGUCAGGUGGCAAUAGCGGCUUAUGUCGACAUUUGGAUGGUGCUGUUUACAUAUCAGCUUGCGCUACGAAAAUGGAUACCAUUGUUUUCAUGCACAAAUGGAGUGUUGCACAAUUUUCGGCGCAACAAGAACUAUCAUCACCGGGUGAUUUCAUUGAAUCGAACAUAUUUGGUUCAACGGAUUAUGAUUAUCGAUUUCGACUGAAAUUGUUUCCGUGCGGUAAAGACGAAGAAUGUCGAGGAUAUCUUUCCCUAUUUCUUCAAAUUUUCAAAUGCCCAUCUGCAAAGCUCCGCUUUCGCGUAAACUUCUAUAUUGAAGCUGCGGAUGGUCCACGAGGAUGUGCAUUGAAUAAAAAUGUUGUCACUAUCAAUCGUGGUGGGAUUGUUACUGCAUCAAAAUUCUUUUCUACUGAAACUUUAAAGAGUCGCGUCGCUAAAUUCUUACCAGAUGAUGUCUUAACAGUUGGUGUGGAGUUAACCGUAUACGGAGAUCAUAAUUGUACUGAUUUAGAACCUGAUCUGGAUGUAUUUUGUGGGAAUAGUGGUUCUUCGACAUCCGGAAUUCCCUUGGGCAUUAGUGAUGAAGUUAGGACGCGCCCUGACCCACAUUUUAUGGGACGCGAUUUGGGGCAGUUGUUGGAUAGUGGCGACUUUUCAGAUUUCACACUUCAUGUAGGUCGGCGCUCCUUUAAAUGUCACAAAGCAAUCCUUUCAGCACGAUCACCUUUCUUCCAGGCAAUGUUCAGAGAUCAGCAUAAUCAGGAAAGCUUGAGUGGAGAGGUAAAUUUGGAAGAUAUAACCCCAGAAACGAUGGCAUGUGUUCUGGAAUAUAUUUACAGUGAUAACUGUUCGGAAUCAUCAAAGCGAACGAUAGAAAUUUUAGCUGCUGCAGACCGAUUUUGCUUGGAUCGUUUGAAGAAUUUGUGUCAGGAAGCUCUGGUAAGAGACCUGUCACCCAACAAUUUUUGUGAACGUCUUCGAGCUGCAGACAUGUAUAAUGCAUCCAUCUUGAAAUGGAAAAUUUUGAAUUUGUUGCAAAAACACCGCAACUACAUUAUCGAUAAUGAAGACUGGGUCGCAUUGGAAAAUGAAUGUCCGUAUUUGGCAGCAACAGUUGCAAGACAUAUGUUAUCUACCGACAGUAUUGGCAAUAUAUUAUCAAGUUCCACUGCCCACAUGAGUAAUUCAAAUCAGUAUAAUGAAGCAAUAUCGAUCAAGAGACCACGACUUGGCUAA